AGAAGAACUCACCUGACGAUAGGCCGGCCCUCCUCCAGCACAUUCUCUGACAGAGGAGACAGAAGGCUGUAUCACUCGGAAAGAGAACCAGACCUCUGCGCUGAAAAGCUUCUUUUCUCCUGCCACAGACAAAGCCUCUUCACCAUGGGGAGGAUUGGCAAGGAAGUGACGGGACAGAUCCUAAGCUUUGUGGGCCUGGUCGGGGUGUCAGUGACCUGUGGGGUCCCCAUGUGGAGAGUGACCUCCUACAUCGGAGCCAACAUCGUCACAGGCCAGGUAGUGUGGGACGGUCUGUGGAUGAACUGUGUGAUGCAGAGCACAGGACAGAUGCAGUGCAAGCUGAACGAUUCUGUGAUGAGGCUGUCCCCGGAUCUGCAAGCUGCCCGAGCUCUGGUCAUCAUAUCCCUCCUCUUCGGCUUCAUCGGCUUCAUAGUCACCUUUAUCGGAGCCAAGUGCACUGGCUGCCUGAAGAAAGACUCGUCAAAGGCCAAGGUGGUGAUCAUAGGCGGCUGUCUCAUCAUUGCUUCCGCCAUCCUCGUCCUGAUCCCCGUCUGCUGGUCUUCAGCAAUCACCAUCACAGACUAUCAGAACCCCUUGACCCUCCAGACGCAGAAACGGGAAAUCGGAGCCUCCAUCUACAUUGGCUGGGCCGCUGCUGCAAUUCUUCUGAUCGGUGGGAUCAUCCUAACCACUUCAUGCCCUCCACAAAAGCCCAUGUAUGGAUACCCAGGCUACCCACCAGCACCAAUGUACCCUUACCCAGGCCAAGGGGCGAACCCAGCAACAUAUGGCCCUGUGUAUGCUCCCCCAUCCAGCCGACCAUACACAGCGACAGGGACAUAUGUGCCCACCAAACCGUACGCAGUACCAACUACAUACUCUACUGGGAACUACCUCUAGACGCUGAGGGGACACAGAGAGGAUAAAGACUGAGAUUUUUGCCGUGGAAACUUCAGGAACUUAAAAGCACGACAGCACCAAUAUAGACAUGUGUUUCUCGAGGCUGGUCGGUAUUCCAAAAAAAUUGUUGGAACUGAUUAAUUCAUCGUUGCGAUAUUUCCUUACCAUGCAUAUUUCCUUAAAUGUUUUUCUCUUUUGGACUUGUUGUGCUCAAAAACAGAAUUGUUUUCCAUUGACGAUGGCAUGACGUGAGAGAGAUAUUGCAUCCACAUUGCGCUGUGCACUGAGGUUGCCCCUCUCUUCAUGAGGAAAAGUUCUUAAGCAGUUAAUAUAUUUAUUUACUCGUCAUACAGAGCAUAUUUUGUAAAUAGUGAUGAUUUGUGAUUUUGUGAUGUGUUUGUUUUCUGCCACUUUAUAUUUGAGAUCAUUCACAAUAGUUUUCAAUAAAAUGUUUUCUAGUAUACUCA